CCUCACAAAUCUUCGUUCAAAAGCUAUUCGUGGAGGCCUGGUAUAACAAGAAUUCAAUUUUAUUUGUAAGAGGGGCGUUUGAGUUUGGCUCAACAUACUAUUCGGAGGGCUCUCAAUUCUCUUACGUGUUUUCCGACUCUAGACAAACGGGAAGACUUGUUCUUUCAUGUAAAUAGCUUCAGGUGUGCGAAGGUGCAGGAUUUGCGUAAUUCAUCGCCUCCUUCGGAUAUGUCUUAUCUAACCUUUUCGUCCCAAAAGAUAACCUCUGCACUUUUGAUCACGUAUUAGAUAGUUACUGCAAUGUAUAUAAGAAAGUUAUAUCAAGUUAAAAAGCAGAUUUAGCUAAUCCUGAGGUAUUUUCCUCUGCCUUUCCUGGUUAUUAAGAGUCCACAAAGCAAGGUGAAGAUUGAACAUCAACAACUGUUUUGGUUUUUCUCUCGAAGUUUGAUCUUUGUAGUUUAAUUGCCAAGUGAACAAGUAAAUACAGCUCUCGUGUUUCGUAAUAAUCCAUGAUGCAUCUGUUGCGUAUGGCAUUCACCGCCUUGCUGUGGAGCCUUGUUGUAUUUGCUUGCACGGAUGGGCAAUCGACAUGCUGCGAAGGUCCACCUGGUCAACCGGGAACUCCAGGAACGCCUGGAGUCCCAGGAACACCAGGGACAUCUGCUUACUGCGGCUGUGGUCAGAGUGUUGCUGGAAAUUCUCGACGAUGGAAACAAUGCACUUGGGUACAUGACAAUACAAAGGAUGGCAGAGACAAUGGACAAGUGCAUGCGUUUGUGUUGCAGACUAUUAUUCUUUUUCUGGCGGCCUUAAACUCUUCUGGACAGAGUCAUUUUGACGAUGUUCAAGGUCCGUGCGUUGUUCGAAGAACGAAGUUACCUCGACUGGAUCCUGUUAAGGUUGGUUUUGUUCAACAAAUCGAGCUCAUUAAAGGAGAGCUACCUUUUACGGUAAAAACACUGAGUGUAAGGCCCCCUAUUUUCGAAAUCCCCGCUUUCUUGAAUGAAGCCGAGAUCAACAGAGUUCUUGCGAUGGCCGAGCAUGGGAGACUGGAGAACAGUGAUGUGUUUCAUCACUCAAUGGACGACCUUCUGUCUCAGACCUCUUUCGAUCACUGGGAUCUCAACCGAGAUGACUUAAUAAAUAGCGACGAGGUCAUUGCUGGUAUGCGUUACUUCUGGGAUCUGCAUUUCGCAACAGAGGAUGUGAAGAAAAUGCUUACAACGUUGAAUAUUGGCAAGGUCAAAUCUGGAUGGAUUCAUCGAAGUGAAUUUGUACCAGCCGACAUCAUGAAAUAUAUGAAGCAAGUAGGAAGUCUGGAACCAAAGGUCAAAGGUCGCCAUAGCAACCAGACAUACAUUGAGUUCGCCGCAGAUGACCCGAUCUCGACAACACUUGAUGUAAAAAAGGCUGCUCUCACGGGCCUUCCAAUUGAAAUAAUAAAAGGCAGUGAAACUCCUGUGGCUGUACGAUAUGGCCCAGGAGGUCAUUAUCACUGCCAUUAUGACUCACAUCCACUUCAUGCCGAGGCUACGUGCUGUCAUCGAAGAUCAUUAGAUAAAUGUCGUAUCUGCAGGUACAUAACAAUUCUCUACUUUCUCAACGAUGUGGCGGGAGGAGGACAAACCGCUUUUCCAAUUGCCGAUAGUGACACAUUCAACCAACAGACAUGGAUGAGGAAAUCAAACUACCUUUCCAAUCUAAGCGCCUACUGCUCUAAAGCCAAUCUAAGGGUGACACCAAAACGAGGCACUGCGAUCAUGUGGUAUAAUCACGUGACUGAUAAAACAUCUGGUUGGAUUUCAAGCCUCGAUCUCAGAUCAUAUCACGGAGGAUGCGACGUCCUAGGGGGCCACAAGUGGAUUGUAAAUAAUUGGAUAAAUAUCAUUGGUAGAAACUGGGAUGAUCUAAGGACUUGGAAUGACAAGAAUUCGAUAGUAAAAUGAAGGAAUAAAGGGCCUGUUAGUUAAACAAGGCGUGGCCGUUGUUUAAUGAAAAUGCAUUCCAAGCCAUCUUCAAUAAACGUUCAAUUAAUUGGAACCCUUUAUCUAAACAUUCAUGCUUGUGAACAGUGUGAAAAGGGCCGAAAGUUAAUGGAAGGGCAUUUCUUUAAUUGAAUCAACCCACUUAUAGAGAAUCCACGAGUCCCGCUGCUUGCGUCAAAACCGUGGUUUGAAUUAGACCUCUCGUAAAUAGCCGGCCCGAAGAGUUUGCCAAAAACAGAUCUUUAUCUAAUGAGUGCAAAAUCGUAUAAAUUUGACGAAAGGUAGAUUUUCACUUGUCGUUGUCUGCAGGUCUAGCAUACCUGAAUGGGAAAAAAGUGGUUUCAAAUUAAACAUAAAAAUCUCUUCGGUGUAAUCUUUUUUUUAAUUAUUAUUAUUGCGAGAUAACUAUCAGGGCUCGAAAUUAACGGUAAACCGUUAACCAAUGGUUAGUAAUUUUCACCGUUUGGUUACCAAAAAUGUGUCCCAACUAACCCGACAUGGUUAGUAAAAUUUCUUGACAUAUUUAAACAUUGGUAGACCUCAGGACAAAGAGCACGUAGA